ACAGGAAUGGGACUGAAAAAGGAAAACACCAUGAUGAUGAGGAGAAUGUCAAAUCCACUCGUGUAGCAAACACAAAUCCCCGUUUCAACUGCAGGGAAAGAGGAUGCAUUGUCGAGCUGGAAUUGAGGCAACAGGAAGGGCACCGGCGCGUUGCUAAAUGGAGUCGGAGCAGCUGUACCACAGAGGCUACUGCAGGAACAGCUACAACAGCAUCGCCAGCGCCAGCAGCGACGAGGAGCUGCUGGAUGGAGCCGGCGCCGUCAUGGACUUCCACACCACCGAGGACGACAACCUGCUGGAUGGGGACGCGGUCUCCCCAGGGUCUAACUACGUCAUGUCUAACGGGGGCGGGGCACCCAGCAGCACCACCCACCUGUUGGACUUCCUAGAGGAGCCAAUCCCUGGUGUGGGGACCUACGACGACUUCCACACCAUCGACUGGGUCCGAGAGAAGUGCAAGGACCGCGAGAGGCACCGGAAGAUCAACAGUAAGAAAAAGGAUUCGGCAUGGGAGUUCACAAAGAGCCUGUACGACGCCUGGUCCGGGUGGCUGGUGGUGACGCUCACUGGCUUGGCCUCAGGCAGAAAACUGGCAGUGGCUUCGAUCUUGCAGAAACUCAAAACCAUCAAACUUGAUGAUAUGUCAGGUCAAGUGAAGGUGUCUCCCAUCGGCAAGGUCAAGUACAUCCUGACAAAUAUGAAAAUGGUGGAAGUGGGAUUGCCAACGGCUACGCUGAAUCUGGUGCCAGGGACCGGUGUCAAACUGUCUAUUGUCAACGCUGACUUCCGUUUGGAAGGAAACUGGCGGAUAAAGAUAUUCCUCAGUGGGUUUAAUCGGGGCUACCUGGGAAAGUGGACCCUGUUGAUAAAGACCGUCACUCUGGUGCUGGCUGGCGUCGGGGCUCAGCCUGGGGAAGGACCGCUGGUGCACGUGGCCUGCUGCUGCGGGAACAUCUUCUCCUACCUCUUCCCCAAGUACAGCAAGAACGAGGGCAAAGAAACGAGAGGUUCUCUCUGCUGCGUCGGCGCCGGGGUGUCUGUUGCUUUUGGAGCCCCGAUUGGAGGAGUGCUCUUCAGCUUGGAGGAGGUGAGCUACUACUUCCCUCUCAAGACGUUGUGGCGUUCCUUCUUCGCCGCCCUGGUGGCUGCCUUCGUCCUGCGCUCCAUCAACCCGUUUGGGAACAGUCGUCUGGUGCUGUUCUACGUGGAGUACCACACUCCCUGGUACCUGUUCGAGCUCAUCCCCUUCAUCCUGCUGGGGGUGUUCGGAGGCCUCUGGGGAGCCUUCUUCAUCCGGGCCAACAUCGCCUGGUGCCGGCGGCGCAAGUCCACGCGCUUCGGAAAGUACCCGGUGUUGGAGGUGAUCUUGGUAACGGCCGUCACCGCUGUGUUUGCUUUCCCCAACCCGUACACGCGUCAGAACACCAGCGAGUUGAUAAAGGAGCUGUUCACAGACUGCGGCCCGCUGGAGUCCUCGCAGCUCUGCCAGUACCGCAGCCAGAUGAACGGCAGCAAGGCGUUCAACGACAACCCCAACCGCCCCGCGGGGCCCGGGGUCUACGCCGCCAUUUGGCAGCUCUGCCUGGCCCUCGUCUUCAAGAUCAUCAUGACCAUAUUCACCUUUGGACUCAAGGUACCGUCGGGGCUGUUCAUCCCCAGCAUGGCCAUCGGGGCGAUCGCAGGGCGGAUCGUUGGCAUCGCCGUGGAGCAGCUGGCGUAUUAUCACCACGACUGGUUCCUUUUCAAAGAGUGGUGCGAGGUGGGGGCCGACUGCAUCACGCCGGGGCUCUACGCCAUGGUGGGGGCCGCCGCAUGUCUGGGCGGUGUGACCCGUAUGACCGUCUCUCUGGUGGUCAUCGUGUUCGAGCUGACGGGGGGGUUGGAGUACAUCGUCCCCCUCAUGGCCGCUGUCAUGACCAGCAAGUGGGUGGGCGACGCGUUUGGUCGCCAGGGAAUCUACGAGGCGCACAUCCGUCUGAACGGUUACCCCUUCUUGGACGCCAAGGAGGAGUUCACCCACGUGACGCUGGCCAGUGACGUGAUGCGGCCGCGGCGCAGCGACCCCCCGCUCGCCGUGCUGACGCAGGACGACCUGACGGUGGAGGAGCUGCAGAGCACCAUCAAUGAGACCAGCUAUAACGGUUUCCCUGUCAUCGUGUCCAAGGAGUCCCAGAGGCUGGUGGGCUUCGCUCUGCGCAGGGACAUCACCAUCGCUAUAGAAAACGCUCGUCGUAAGCAGGAGGGCAUCAUGCUGAACUCCAGGGUUUACUUCACGCAGCACGCCCCCACCCUGCCGGCCGACAGCCCGCGGCCCCUCAAGCUGCGCUCCAUCCUGGACAUGAGCCCCUUCACCGUCACCGACCACACCCCCAUGGAGAUCGUGGUGGACAUCUUCAGGAAGCUGGGCCUGCGCCAGUGCCUGGUCACUCACAACGGGAAUGUUUUGGGCAUCAUCACAAAGAAGAAUAUAUUAGAGCAUCUGGAGGAGCUCAAGCAGAACACGGAGCCCCUGGCGGCUUCUUGGUAUUAUCACAAAAAAAGAUAUCCUGCGUCACAUGGCUCAAAUGGCAGACCAAGAUCCCGGGUCCAUCAUGUUCAACUGAUCGGCUCCUUCCAGGACGGCCGGGGGGGCGACGACAGCGAGGAGGAAGUGUACCUCCUGGACGGCUCCAAUCGCUGACAUUCGGACCCCGUUUUGUUUCCAUGUUUAGUUUCCAGCUUUGUAGAACCUGGCGGACGGAGCGUGCCCUCCACAGAGACUUGCAGGCCAUGAGAGGGAGAGGAAACGUGAUAAAAGACUUUGUUGUUAUCAUAGCGGCUGCUGAAGGCAAACACACACACGCACACACGGAAUGCACUUUCUACACACACAUCGCAACACUUUUGCACUUGCAGACACCUCACACCUGCAUGCUCUCUCUUCACCUGUAACACACACACCCGUCUGCACCCCCCACGUGCCUCACCCGUCCUGUCGCCUGGCCGGGGGUCAAAGGUCAGAAUGAACCGCCGCUGAGGGACGCGAUGAGAAACCUCGACGCCUCCAGGCUUCUAUGAAUAGAACCCCCCCUUGCACACACACCACACAUUUCCGUCCUGCAGAGAAAUACAUUGUUAACCUGUGAUUUAAAUGUGUGUGUGAGAAUGUGUGUGUGUUUUACCGCCACUACAUUCCAGCACCUGCUCCUCACCCCCAAACGUGGCGUUGUGCAUGGCUGCUUCCCCCGGGUGAACGUAAGUCAAAAUGUGUGUGUGUGUGUGUGUGUGUGUGUGUGUGGGGACUGUAUUUCAAGAACAAAAUGUUCAAUUUCAGAAGGAUAAACGUGGAGAAAAAGACCUUCAUGAGUGUGUUUUCUUUACUGAUCCAGCUGUGUGUGUGUGCGAGAAUGUAAGUGUGUGUUUGUCGCUGCCGUUCAGUGUGAGGCUUAAAGGACAAAAGGAAAUCAAAUGUCACUAAACCACUAAUAUGUAUUUGAUUAGUAAAAAAGCCCAAUUGUUGUAAAAAAUAACCCACCGUAAUGUUUUUAAUUGUUAUUUUGUUACCGUAAGUCAAAAACACACACUUUUUGGAAUCAUAAUAAUAUAAAAAAGAGUUUAACCGCUGUUUCCAAAGACAGGAAUGGAGUCUUUAACUCAAAAUAAGUAAUGUAAUUUACUGCAAAUCACAGAAACGGCUCCACCUGCACGCUGCUUUUCGUUACAGCAGGUUGUGCUAAAUCUUGUCCGAUCUCGCAACAUCUGCCAAGUGCCUGGCAAAGGUUGUUUUUGUAUGGCUUUCACACCCAUACAUGAUCCCUAAAAACCCACCUGCUACCCCCACCAACCUUCCCCUCUUUGUCCUCAGAACAUAUUGUGAUCCUUUUAUAAACGAUGAAGGGAGAUGGAGAGACGGUGGUGAAGCGGGGACAAACGGCAGCACUUUACCUGUAGUGGUGGCAGUACUGUGUGUGUGAGAGAGUGUGAGGAAGGUCGGGUUCAUCCUGUGUUCUUGUGACAGGCAGCAGAGCAUCGUCUUUGUUAACCAGUGGUGGUGCCUAACAUUGUAUUUCAUACUGAUCUCGAUGUUUUUCUCCUUUUUUUUAAUUUAUGGGUAGUGUCGAUAGAGUUGUGCAUUAUUAUGAAGAAUUUUAUGUAUGAUUACAUUGAUUGUUUGAUUGUACAUUUAAAACAAAAUGUGUAAAGAUUACAUUUUGUUUUAAAUUAAAAGGAACAAAAAUAUUGAAGUUGCA